GUCAUCAUGUGACGGCAUCAUGGCGGCGGGGAGAUGCUCGGUGUCGCCGCUCCCGCUCCCGCUCUCCCUCCUCCUCCUCGCCUCGACCGCCGCCGCCCUCAGUCCCCGGGACAGCGCGUCCCGAGAGCUGAAGCAACUGGGCGGCCUGUGGAGCUUCCGGGCCGAUCGCUCCCCCAGCAGGGAGCAGGGCUUCGAGGAGAAGUGGUUCAGCGGCGCUGCAGAGACUGGGCCGGUGAUCGACAUGCCCGUUCCAGCAAGCUACAAUGACAUCACACAAGAUCCCAAUCUGAAGAAUUUCAUCGGCUGGGUGUGGUAUGAGAAUGAAGUGUGGGUGCCUAGAUGUUGGAUCUCCCCAGAAGCUGGGAAGAGAGUGGUCCUCUAUGUUGGAAGUGCCCAUUAUUUCGCAGUUGUUUGGGUGAAUGGUAUUCAGGUUGCCUUCCACGAAGGGGGCCAUCUUCCUUUUGAAGCUGACAUCACUAAAAUUAUUCAGAGUAGUCCAUCUCUUCAGCACAGAAUCACUAUCGCAGUAAACAACACACUUACGCCUUAUACUUUACCUCCAGGCAAAAUUGAAUACAUGACGGAUACAAAAAGGUAUCCUCGUGGUUAUUUUGUGCAGAUCAUCCAAUUUGAUUUCUUCAAUUAUGCUGGGAUUCACAGGCCAGUUCUACUAUACACCACACCGAAUGUCUACAUAGAAGAUGUAACGGUUGUAACAGACGUCGUGGGUGUUACAGGAUUUAUAAAUUACAAAGUGUCCAUAAGUGGAAGCACACAUUUUACACUGUCACUAACGUUGCGUGAUCACAGAGGGCAAGUUGUUGCUUCUAUCAUCGAUGGACCUCCAUUUGGAGAACUUAAACUACUUGAUCCUAACCUGUGGUGGCCAUACCUGAUGCACGAGAAUCCUGGGUACCUUUACAACCUUGAGGUACAUAUGAAGAGCAAAAAUGAUAACACUCUGUAUGAAGAUUUUUAUACUUUACCAGUUGGAAUUCGCAAGGUCCAAGUUACCAAGACCCAGUUCCUUAUCAAUGGAAAGCCAUUCUAUUUCCAUGGAGUAAAUAAGCAUGAAGAUUCAGAUAUGCGAGGAAAAGGCCUUGACUGGUCAGUGAUUAUCAAGGACUUUAACCUUCUUCGAUGGCUGGGAGCAAAUUCAUUUCGUACGAGCCAUUAUCCAUAUGCAGAGGAAAUUAUGGAUUUGUGUGACAAGUAUGGGAUUGUGGUCAUUGAUGAGUGUCCAGGCGUGGGCAUCAAAAAUCCCCUGAGCUUUGGCAAUAAAUCCCUCGCUCAUCAUUUAGCUGUAAUGAAAGAGUUGGUGCAUAGAGAUAAAAACAGGCCCUCGGUGGUAAUGUGGUCCGUAGCUAAUGAACCUGCAUCUGCGUUACCUCAAGCAGACCACUACUUCAAAACUUUAAUUGCAUCAACAAAAGCUAUGGAUCCAACCAGACCUGUCACCUUUGUAACAGACACUGACUACGAGACUGACAAAGGUGUCCAGUACACUGAUGUUAUUUGUGUGAACAGCUAUUUUUCCUGGUACCAUGAUUCUGGCCAUUUGGAGAUCAUUCAAUUGCAACUUGCCAAUCAGUUUGAGAAUUGGUAUAAAAAAUACCAAAAGCCAAUUAUUCAGAGUGAAUAUGGAGCGGAUACGAUAGCAGGACUGCACAGUGAUCCACCAGUAAUGUUCACAGAAGAAUACCAGCGAGCUGUAUUGCAAGAAUACUUUAAAAUGUUUGAUGAAAAAAGGAAAGACUACUUAAUCGGUGAACUAAUUUGGAAUUUUGCAGACUUCAUGACUGCCCAAUCCGUAACACGUGUGGAUGGAAACAAGAAAGGGAUCUUCACUCGUCAACGGCAACCCAAAAUGGCAGCCUUCAUUCUUCGGGAUCGCUACUGGAAACUGGCAAAUGAGGCCAGAAACAUUUCUCAGAGGUUCUAUUGCCAGUUUCAAAAUGAAGAACAGGACAUCUGCCAAAGGGAUGAAAAAACAUGUGCAGCCAAGCCUUCAUUUCAAUGACGACCCUAUCCCCUGUAAAAUAGGUAAGAAAAAAUCUAGUUGGAAGCAGAUUUUUACCAAACCAACCUUGCCUAUCUGGUGCUCAUUUGCAAUUAUUUUCCCAGCCUGGUAAAAACAACACUAGGAAUUGUAACAGGUCAAAUGGAAUCAAUACCUCAACAGUUUAGCUUAGAAAUACAGCGUGAACACCAAUACACCAAAGAACCCUUUGGCCCACCGAGUCCACGCCAGCCAAUGAUCCCACACACUAGGGGCAAUUCACAGAAGCCAAUUAAUCUACAAACCUGUAUGUCUUUGGAAUGUGGGAGGAAACCCAACCAGUCACAGGGAGAUCGUAAAGAUUAUGGUCAAGAUUGAGUACGUGUCUCUGGUGCUGUAAGGCAGCAACUCUACUGCUGCGCCACUGGGCCUGCCUGUUUUGUAUAAACUAUUUUAUAGGAUUUUUUCAAAGUGAUACUGAAGUAGCAGUAGACCAACCUUAAAUAAAAAUUCAAAUUAUAAUUUACAUAAGGUAGAUGAGAUUGGUGUUAGCUUUUGUUCAAAAAGCAUAUUCAAGGGCAUCUUUAAUGAACUUUUUCUAAUAAAGCUGUUUGACUUAAGGGGCUGUCCCACUGCGGCGACCUAAUCUGCGAGUUUAGAAGAGUUGGCUCUCGACUCAAACUCGCAGCAUGGUCGACCCGUGGUCGUAGGAAGUCUUUGUAACUCUCCUUCAUG